UUGUUAACAAAACCAACGGUGCGCUCCGCAGUAUCAGCACAUCCAGCAUCAGCUGGGAUUGUAGAUGACAGAGUCCAGAAAGGAGAGAGGACCCAGAGGAACAAUAAUCAUUGUUAGUAUUACUAUUACAGAGUAUUCUUAACUCGUGUCUGUAGCUCGGAGACUUAUUCUAGUGUUUUAAAAAAAUGGAAGAUUUGGGAAAAGUCUUCACGAAUCCACAGGUCUUCAUGUUUAACUUGUCGUUAUGAAGUGGAGCGGGACGUUUAGGCGCGUUUUUGGACUUCUCCGGUGUUUCUGUGCGUGCGAUGAAAAAAACCUACAAUGAUUUUGGCAGUCAAUUAAUUAUGGGCGCGCACAUCCUGGAGUCCAACUCCAGCGGCAACUUGACGCCUGCGGUGUCGGAAGCUGGGGCUGUCCUGCCGGGCUACCUGGUGGUGAUCUUAUCGGUACUUAUGGUGACUCUGGUUGUCGUUGUUGUGGCAGGGAACGCGCUGGUCAUCAUGGCUUUUAUUGUGGACAAAACCCUGAGAAAUCAAAGCAACUACUUCUUUUUGAACCUUGCUAUAUCCGAUUUUCUAGUGGGUGCCUUUUGCAUCCCGGUGUACAUCCCCUAUAACCUGACCGGCAGGUGGAUGCUGGGCAAAGGGCUCUGCAAAGUGUGGCUGGUCAUGGAUUACCUCCUUUGCUCAGCCUCUGUCUUCAACAUUGUGCUUAUUAGUUAUGAUCGCUUCCUGUCAGUCACAAGAGCAGUUAAAUACAGAGCUCAGAGGAACAUGACCCACCAGGCUGUUUUCAAGAUGGUGGCGGUGUGGGUGCUGGCCUUCCUCCUUUAUGGCCCUGCCAUUAUCUUCUGGGAAACGAUCGUCGGCUACAGCAUUGUCCCGGCCCACGAGUGCUAUGCUGAGUUUUAUUUCACCUGGUACUUCCUGCUGAGUGCAUCUACCUUUGAGUUCUUCACCCCGUUUGUGUCGGUGGCCUUUUUCAACCUCAGCAUCUAUCUCAACAUCCAUCGCAGGAAUAAGAGUGGGGCCGCCUGUGCUGAAGACAAUGCCAAGCCUCAGAAGAACAAUGAGAAGCAUAAAGAUGGAGCCGGCUGGUCCGUGUUUUUUGUCAAGACUCGGAAGGUGAUGUCAAGCGAGCCUGUUGCGAUCUCUGCGGUCAUCGAAGAUGACGACAUCUUGUCUCCCUCCUCCAGCGGGGAGCCUAACGCCAGUCAGAUAUUAAUGCAGCGAGAGAAGUUCUCUCCACACAGAAAAAACUCCAGGUUGUUUCAGCACACGGCCUCCUGCAUGGUGCCUGGCCGUAGGACACCGGGAUCUCGGCUUUCCAGAGACAAAAAGAUUGCUAAAUCUUUAGCCAUUAUAGUCUGCAUUUUUGGGAUAUGCUGGGCUCCGUACACUCUACUGAUGAUUAUCCGUGCCGCCUGUAGCGGUAAAUGUGUGGCGAACUACUGGUACGAGAUUACCUUCUGGCUUCUGUGGCUGAACUCUGCCAUCAACCCGUUCUUGUACCCUGUGUGCCACAGCAGCUUUCGAAGGGCUUUCUCAAAGAUACUGUGCCCUAAAAGACAAUCAGUUCAACCACAGAUUGAAGUUCAGUCUUGUUAGAUGAACUCAAAUGAACUUGCAUAUUUUAUGAAUGGAGUAAAUGUUGCUGAACACUGUAAAAAAUCCAUUUGAUGUUCUUCUUUAAAAAAAAAAGAGGCCAGUUUUCAAAAAUUAGGUAAAUGUUUGCAUUUAAAUGAGGAUUGUAACAUACUUGACAUCAAUAUGAUGACACAACACAGCUGAAAAUAGCAAAACAUAAUAUUCUUAUGGGCAGAACAAUAGACUCUUGUAGUACCAUUGGAUAAAUCUGCCCACGAUUAAACCACCUCUCAAAGCCAGUUUCAGAUUUUUCUAAUGUUGUGCUUGUUCAUUUUAAAACCUUCACAGAUUCCCUCUAAGUAGGACAUUAAGUUCUUUAUGUGCAGAAGGCUGUGAAAUGAUGGUCUUAAAGAAGGUGAUUACCAUAAUUUAGUCCAAGAUAUCACACAUAUAUGAGAACUACUGAUCACCAGGUUGUUAAAUUGUGUUCUGUCUGAAUGGAAGCACGACGCAGACAGAAAUGACAUCUUCACCCAGCAUCCAAUUUCAUAGCGGCCGCCGUGAGAACAUUUCAACUUCUAUUUAGAUGAAGCUGAUGUGAAGCAAGAACUUAAUGGUCUUUUGAUGGCUUCAGAAUAUAUCUGCACAUGAAACCCUUUCAUGUUACAGUUUCAAAUAUACAGCUGCACGUUUGACUUUAUGCUGACUUUAUGCUCAUGCCCCUUAAAACUAUACAAUGCAAAUCAUGUAGCGAUAGACUCACAAAUGCAGAGUCCUCCAUGUUUAAAGCACCAGAAAAGAAGACAAGAGUGUGUUUACUGACCAAUGAGUGUACUUUUAUCAAAGUAAUUCUAAAUAUUUUAUAGUUUUAAUCUUAUGGCAAGGAAAUCUACCUGACAUCUGUCAAAAUGUUAAGAAAAUGUCAAAGCAAAAUGUGAAGCACAAUGAAAAGAGAGCUGACUCAAAACUUAUGUACAAUAAGAUCAAUGUCAGGCCAGAUGGCUGAGUUAAUUAUUUAUUUCAAGGCUCGACUGGUUUACCUAAAGCUGUUUUCACACAUGCACUGCAGUCUUGAAUUUUUGCCCAAAGGUACAUGCAUGUAAGACUCAGUGGAACAUUAAACAGUUUUUCCUUGAUGCAAAGCCUGCGUGAUGUCUGACUGAGCUCAUGUGUGAGCAGAAAAACUAAUCGUCCAGUGAAUUCAUGAUUCAGGGAAUCGUCGUGUUCUGCCUCCCUCUCGCUGAACCCAGACAGCUCCCCUGCCUUAACCAAACAAAGUAUUUCCAGGAGUGAGAAAGAGUCUGACUGUCUCCUGUUGUGUGCUACAAAGGAGAAAGAACACUUUUGAAUAAAAAUCUGACCUGAUUCUCCCGACAUAGUGCAGACGUGUGAAAACCGCAUAUUUGAUUACUUUGUGUAUUGGUUAUGAAUGUGUGCAGCUGUAAGU